CCUAUCCAUUUCCCUUCUUCCCAUAUCUCCCUUCUCCUUCCCUUUCUAUCCUCUCCGACGAGAAAGACUCAUCCCAAAGAAACAAAUAGAAGAAAGCAAGGAAGCGGAUCCCCUUUCUCUAAUCGUCACCGCCCUGGUUCUACGAUUCCCUUAAAUCCACGCUUAACGGCGCCCGCGUCCAGCAACACUAACCCUCGCCAUCACCGCCGAAUGCGCCCCACCUCUUCUUCCUUCUGCUCUGUCUUCUUCCUCUUCUGUAACACCCUCCGAUAGCCACCACCGGCCGUCAUCCUAACCCUAACCCUCACUCUGUCUCCAGAUCCAGAAGCGGGUCAAGCGAUGCCCUCCUUCUCCUCCGCCAACCUCCUCGAGCUGGCAGCCGGCGACGACGCCGACUUCGCCGCGUCCCCUCUUCGUCCUCCCCUCCUUCCCCGCCUCAUGGCGGACGACGGCACCCCCGCCUCCCCGUCGCAGCGGGAGCGGCGGAUCAUUGUCUCCCACCGACUCCCCCUUCGCGCCGCCCCUGACCCCUCCGCACCCGGUGGCCUUUCUUUCUCCUGGGACCCCGACGCGCUCGCGCUUCAACUGCGCUCCGGCCUCCCGCCCGCCGCCGAAGUCUUCCACGUCGGCACCCUGGCCGCCGCCGCCACCGUCGACCCUGCCACCCACGCCGCCAUCUCCCGCGUCCUUUACGAUCGCUUCCGCUGCCUUCCCGUCCUUCUUCCUGCCGACCUCCACCGCCGCUUCUACCAUGGCUUCUGCAAGCACUACCUCUGGCCCCUCCUCCACUACCUCCUCCCUCUCUCGCCGUCCUCCCCCGGCGGUCUCCCCUUUGACCGCACCCUCUGGCUUUCCUACCUCUCCGCUAACAAGCUCUUUGCCGACCGUCUCAUAGAGCUUCUCAACCCCGACGAUGAUCUCGUGUGGAUCCAUGAUUACCACCUCCUUGCCCUCCCGACCUUCCUCCGGAGGCGCUCCCCUCGCGUAAAGUUGGGAUUUUUCCUUCAUUCUCCCUUCCCUUCCUCCGAGAUCUUCCGGACCAUUCCUGUUCGCGAUGAGCUCCUCCGAGCCCUCCUUAAUGCCGAUCUUGUCGGCUUCCACACCUUCGACUACGCUCGCCAUUUCCUCUCCGCUUGCUCCCGAUUACUCGGCUUGGAUUACCAGUCCAAGAGAGGCUAUAUUGGCAUCGAGUACUACGGAAGGAUGGUCACUGUUAAGAUCCUCCCUGUUGGGAUCGACAUGAACCAGCACGAAUCGGUGAUUUCUUCUCCGGAGACAACCGUCAAAGUCCAAGAACUUGCGGAUAGGUAUAAAGAUAGGAUCUUGAUGCUGGGAGUAGACGAUGUUGAUCUUUUCAAAGGUAUCGGAAUGAAGCUUCUAGCAAUGGAACAGCUAUUGGAAGAGCAUCCGCAGUUGAGAGGACGGGCUGUGAUGGUCCAGAUCGCUAACCCCGCAAGAAGUGAGGGGAAGGAUGUGCAAGAGGUCCGGGAUGAGAUAGGGUCCAUAUCGAGGAGAAUUAACGAGCGCUUCGGAGGACCUGGAUACGAGCCCAUUGUAUUGAUCAACCGCACCGUGCCAACAUAUGAGAAGGCUGCCUUCUAUGCAGUGGCUGAGUGCUGCAUCGUGAAUCCAGUGAGGGAUGGAAUGAAUUUGGUCCCAUACAACUACACAGUCUGCAGACAGCAGAGCCCAGCACUCACGGAUGCUCCAAAGAAAAGUAUGAUUGUGGUGUCAGAGUUCAUUGGGUGCUCGCCAUCUCUCAGCGGCGCCAUUCGUGUUAAUCCAUGGAAUGUGGAUGCUGUGGCGGAGGCAAUAAAUUUGGCCAUCACCAUGCCGGAGACUGAGAAGCAGCUGCGGCAUGAGAAGCAUUAUAAGUAUGUCAGCUCCCAUGAUGUUGCAUAUUGGGCAAAAUCCUUCGAUCAGGACCUGCAGCGGGCUUGCAAAGAUCAUUACCUUAGGAGGUGUUGGGGGAUGGGGUUCGGAAUGAACUUCCGUGUUGUUGCUCUCGGUCCUAAUUUUAGGAAGCUGUCGGUUGAGUAUAUCGUCUCGGCAUACCACAGGACGAACAGUAGGCUUAUCUUACUUGAUUACGAUGGGACGAUGAUGCCACCGAGUUCUAUUGACAAAAAGCCAAGCAGUGAAGUUAUUUCCGUUCUGAAUGGAUUAUGCAGUGACCCAAAGAACAUUGUUUUCUUGGUCAGCGGUAGAGGGAAAGAUGAGUUGAGCAGGUGGUUUGCACCAUGUGAGAAGUUAGGGAUCUCUGCGGAGCAUGGAUAUUUCACAAGGUGGAACAAGGAUGCUCCAUGGGAAUUGUGCAUGUUAGCCACAGACUUUGAUUGGAAGAAGAUUGCAGAACCUGUAAUGAGACUUUACAUGGAAGCAACGGAUGGAUCCUCCAUAGAACAUAAAGAAAGUGCCUUAGUUUGGCAUCAUCAAGAGGCUGAUCCGGAUUUUGGUUCUUGCCAAGCGAAAGAACUUCUUGAUCACCUUGAGAACGUGCUUGCCAAUGAACCAGUGGUUGUGAAAAGGGGCCAGCACAUUGUUGAAAUAAAUCCUCAGGGGAUAAGCAAAGGCAUGGUCGUUGAUAAUCUCAUGGCAACCAUGUUGAGCACUGGAAAGGCCCCAGACUUUGUACUAUGCAUAGGCGAUGACCGGUCAGAUGAAGAUAUGUUUGAGAGCAUCAGCAGUUACACAAACAAUUCAUCAGUCCCAGCAAUUGCAGAAGUCUUUGCAUGCACAGUUGGCCAAAAACCAAGCAAGGCUAAGUAUUAUCUUGACGAUACAGUGGACAUCAUAAAAAUGCUUCAAGGCCUGGCCAAUGCAUCAUCUGUACAACCACCCAGACCUGCGCAGCCUCAAGUGUCAUUUGAAGGUUCUCUCUAAGCAAGUGCAUAUUGUUUGUCAGAUUAUUCCAAAAUGAUCCAAACUUUCUGAGGUGGGAGUUAAACCAGCCUGUGCGUGGGUUGGUGGAACACAUGAACUAGAAGGAUGGAUGUGGAAAACUAGGAAUUCAGUUUACAUAAGGAUCUACUGCAGAUUGAUGCUGAAACUUCAUUGAAAAAGUCAGCUGGCUUGGAUAUUUCACAGGGAACAAAUAUUCAGAUAUUGUAUCAAGCGAAGCCAUCAUACUCAAAGUUAAACUAGCAGUUAUAUUCCAGAUAAAAAUCCUUUCCGGAUGUAAAUAUAUCAUAUAGAAGCUUUUUGUUUCUUUUUUUCUUUUGCUCUUAAAAAUGGUUACAGUUCUAAAGAAAUUUCAUUUCGCCCUCAUGUUCUUCCAAUAUGUAUGUUUUUUACUUAUAUUUGUGACAGAUACUGAAUGUGAUAGUGGCUUAAUUGCUUGAUGUUUA